AUGAACAAGACUUCCCGAACUGAUGAGCCGUAUGAAGGCGAUGGCUACAAUCAAAGUCCGAAUCCUCUUUCGAACGAUUUGGUUACCAACGAAGCCCUGAAUGGCAUGGCCAACUCGAGGGAGUUGAAGAGGGAGGAGCCGCAGUCUCUACACGGCGAAACGCAGAAUGCCGACCGUGAUAAGAAUGCAAGCACUCAUUCUGGGAUGGGGCAAGGCGAUGCCUCCAGCUCGCUGGCCAGUCCACCGACUGGCCAGCUCGUAAGAGGAGGGGACAAACUUCCCCUGUCUCAAUUAGCUACUGUUACCUCCGCGGCGGCUGGUCCCUGUGACCCAGGGAAUAGCCGCGAUACUCCAAUUGAGCGGGUUAAGAAUAUCCUGCUUAAAUUCUGUUCCUUCAUUGGCCCAGGGUUUAUGGUAUCUGUGGCGUACAUUGACCCUGGUAAUUAUGCAACCGGGAUUGCUGCUGGAGCAUCCUAUCGCUUCAGGCUGCUGUUUGUUAUUCUUAUGGCGAAUUUAUUUGCGAUUUUGCUACAGUCUCUUGCUAUUAAGCUUGGGACUGUGAGUGGGCUCAAUCUAGCAGAGGCAUGCAGAGCUUUUCUCCCACGGUGGCUCAACAUCCUGCUAUACGUUCUUGCUGAGGUGGGUAUUAUUGCCACAGACAUUGCUGAGGUAAUUGGAUUUGCCAUCGGCUUAAAUCUCCUGAUCCCGAAGAUACCGCUGAUUGUUGGGUGUGCAAUCUCAAUUUUUGAUGUUAUGAUCAUUCUGUUCUUCUACCGCCCGGAUGGUUCCAUGAAAGGCCUGCGUAUGUUUGAGGUUGUGAUUAUGUCGUUAGUGUUGGGUGUAGUCAUUUGUUUUUGCAUUCAGCUUUCUCUCAUAAAAAACGCUAGUGUAGGAGAGGUUUUCAGGGGAUAUUUGCCAUCAGCGCAACUGGUUGAGGGACAAGCAAUUUACCAAGCAUGCGGUAUUCUUGGGGCGACGGUUAUGCCACAUAGUCUCUAUCUGGGGUCGGGAAUAGUUCAGCCACGGCUCCGAGAGUAUGAUGAGAAAAGCAAACUCUUACCGCCAGAGCUAUUGUCAGCAUCUUCUUCUAUCAACGAAGAAACCAGCAAGGAUAAGCUGCAUUACAUUCCGUCCAUCCGCGCUAUUCGACACUCGCUGAAAGCCUCUAUCACUGAACUGACAGUCUCUUUGUUUUCCUUCGCCCUCUUUGUCAACUCGGCAAUUCUUAUCGUUGCGGGUGCAUCCUUAUACAAAAAUAAGGAUGCCCUAGAGGCGGACAUAUUCGGAAUUCAUGCACUUCUGUCAAAAUCCAUUUCCCCUGCGGUGGGCACGAUUUUUGCACUGGCAUUGCUGCUCUCCGGAAUCUCAGCUGGUGUUAUUUGCACUAUUGCUGGCCAAAUGGUGAGCGAGGGCGCUCUGAAUUGGAAGCUUCGCCCUUGGCUACGACGCUUAGUAACUCGAAGCAUCAGUAUCAUCCCAAGCAUCAUAAUUGCAGGAGCUGUUGGACGUCAGGGACUGAACGCAACACUGAAUGCCUCUCAAGUCGUCUUGAGUAUUGUCCUGCCAUUCGUUACGGCGCCUUUGAUCUAUUUUACUUGUCUCAACAAGUAUAUGACGGUUCAGCCGGGGAGUGCACGUUGUCUAGCGCCCAACGAAGGCAUAUUCCGGAACACGCCUCCAGGCAUUGAGGCGGCAAACCCAGGUGAAGGUAGUAUAAAGAUGGCUAACUCAUGGUAUAUAGCUGUCAUCGCUGGGCUAGUGUGGCUUUUUAUCACCGUUAUGAACAUUGCUAAUCUGGUGCUCCUUGGGAAGGGAGCUUAA